CAAAAUUAUUGUCAAUUUCUAUUUGAAAAGAUUCAAUAAAAAAAUUAAUUAAAGAAAAAAAAACUUUGUUAAGCACUUCAUGUACAAGUUGUGAGCAUGCAUGCAGUUAUGCUUCACUUAUACAUUCAGGACUCUUCAUUACGGAAAUUGACAGUGUGUAGUGCGUUUUAAAUUAUUGGCAUACCGCAAUUUAUAAUUAUCGAUAACAUUUUUAAACAAACCAGGAUUAUUUUGAUUUGCUUGCGCAUUGGAAGCGGUGCUGGUUGCAAUGCCGAAUAUAACAAAAAAUAUAGAUUUUAAUAUGGAAGUUGAUGUCUUGACAUCCGCAACUGUUGCAAACGUUGUAAACUCAAUUCUUGAAUUCCUUUUGUAUCAACGAAAUCAGAUUCCUUUCGUGUAUAAAACAUUAAAACAUUACACUCAGUUGUGGGAGGACCAAAGUCAAGACGAUGAAGUUACGACUGUAAGGCAGUUUAAUAUAAAUAGACAAAGGGAUUUAGUUAAAACGACGAAGGAUUCAAUAAGUGAAAUGCGUCAGCUAAUACAUACGUCAUUUCAAAACAACAUUAUAAAAAGGUUGCGUUUCCUAUUUGGUACAACGACUUUAACACCGAGAGAAGCCUAUACAAUACACAUACCCACAGAGUCAAUAGCAAUUAAACACUAUUAUGAGCAUCACCAAAUGUCGCCAGCAGCGCUUAACAAGGCUUUAGUUAAUUUGGUAACAACGCAGGAAUUGUAUGAUAUAUUUACACACGACUUAAACACUACAAAUGUUUACUUAGAAUUAGAAAUGGUAGAUGAUAUUAACGCAAUUAACAGCUCCCGCAUGUUCCGUAAAACAAUAAGUCAAUUGCCUCAAAGCUGCAAAGACAUACAUUUCCACUUAUUGCAUGUUUCCUCUGCCAAUUUUGAAAACAAUUCUCUAAAGUGCUGUAAGGAGCUAAAAAUAUUUGAGGACUCCGAAAUUUUAGAAGUUACAGAAGAUUGUGCAAAUACAAGCAAUGACACAAGUUUAGAGCAAAAACAAGAUCAACUUGAAUGGUAUGAAUCUGAAGUGAUAGUGCGUGGUUUGAAAGAUAAAACUGUGCACGGUAUGAACAUGUGGAGAAAAUAAUUUCUUAUUUCCGAAAGCCGACUGAUUCUAAAACGCAUGCAAUACAAAUUAUUUUAUUACAUUUAAUCCACAGAAAUUUUUCGAUAGUGUUAUAUCGUAUUUCUAAUAUCCCAUUUAUUUGAUUUAAGAGCGGUUUGUUGCUUGAAAUUGGAAUAUUUUAAUCUUCGCACAAAAGUACAAACAAUAUAUACAAUUAUAAAUUACAUGUUAUUAAAGAUUUGCACAUAUUAAUGAUGUUUAUA